AUAUUAACGAGAUCUUUACGGGCGAGCCCUAAUCUUGGGUUUACUUUCCUGCUGAGAUAAACUAUAAGAGCAAAGGCAAAGUCGCAGUGGUCGGUCUAGGGUUUUAAACUCAGUGUAUUCGCCAUGAAGACCACUCAAAGACGUAAUGAGCGAUCGAAGACCUUAGAGAAUGGAAGAGACCACUCACUACCAAUCCCAAUUGAUCUCGUUUUCGAGAUAUUCUCGAGGUUACCCGUGAAGUCAAUAGCAAUAUGCCGGUGCGUUUCAAAGACCUGGUCCUCCAUACUUCGCCGUCAAGAUUUCACGGAGCUGUUCUUGAGCAGGUCAUGUGCUCUCCCCAAGCUGUUACUCGCCUGCCAAAAGGACGGUGACUUGUUCUUCUUCUCGGCACCUCAGCCGCAAAAUCUGGAUGAGAAUCCGUCUCCAGUAGUGGCGUCUUGUUAUAUGAAGCUGUCUUUGGAUGCCUACUUCCGUAAUGGUGCGUUUGAAAUAAGUGGGCUUGAUCAAGGCUUGAUGGGUCUUACACAUCAGUGGAUCGGAGAAAAAAGAAAGUAUUCGGUGCCGGUGAUAUGUAACCCUAGCACAGGACAAUUAUUACCUUUAACCAGGGUGAAGACAAGGAGAGUUAAGUCAAGGAAUUUGUUUGGGUAUGAUCCUAUUGAUAAACAAUUCAAGGUUUUGUCCGUAUCAGAAGUAGGUUAUGGACCUACCAACAUGAAGUAUGAGGAGCAUCAAGUAAUCACACUACAAAGGGGAAAGCUGUCACAGAGACUGUUCAACACUGACCGCGUACUCCAUCAUCUUGAAUAUUCCAAAGAGAGAUGCAUCAAUGGUGUUUUGUACUAUAAAACUAUUGAGUUUUCUACAAAUACUCAUAUUUUAGUUUGCUUUGACGUUAGAUCUGAAAAGCUCAACUAUAUUAAAGUCAAGAAAUUUCUCACUAAGGGAACUAUGGUAAACUACAAUGGUAAAUUAGGUUUACUUCUGUCUGGAGUAUACGACUCCAUUAUUGAAAGCAGUACAAGUGUUAACCUGUGGGUACUUGAAGAUAUCGAAAAGCAGGACUGGUCUGAGCAUACAUAUGUAUUGCCUCCUUCGUGGAAGGAUAUUGUUGGGAGAAAAAUGUUAGGCUUUGUUGGAAUGACGCAGACAAAUGAGAUUGUGAUGAGGUCGGAGCGUGGUCCACGAAGCCCUUUCCACCUAUUCUACUUCAAUACCAAGAAGAAUACUGUCGUUAGAGUCGAAAUCCAAGGCAUUGAUGAGCCUGAGUAUACUAGAGUUCACAUCUUUCUAGACCAUGUAGAGAAUGUGACACUUAUGUAAGUGUUUAAGUACUUCAUAGCUUGAGACUCUGUUUGGCUAUCUGUUCUAAGUUACGUUAUAUGCUACUUGGUUAUCAAAUCCUUUUAUGUAUUCUCUCACUAAAGA